AUGGCUCGUUCCAGUUCUAUCGUGGCUCCUUUGCUGGUGCUGGCUUCAGUUGCCCUGGCCGUCUUCAGCUUCGGUCCUGAUGCCUUUGUGGCAGCACCUCAGGCCGUUGAGACCCGUGCGUUGCAGCACCAAGCCGCCAGCGCCAUGAUGGGCGCCACUUUUGCUGCAGCCGCCUCGCCGUUGCCAGCCCUGGCAGCGCGCGUGGAAGAGGAGGACGAGGGCUUCGACCUGCGCAUUCUCGCAGUCCUGGCUCUGCCUUUAUUCGCCGUCAGCUGGGCCUUGUUCAACGUGUGGCGAGUGGCCUUCCGCCAGGUCUUCAGCUUCUGUCCUGAUGCCUUUGUGGCAGCACCUCAGGCGGUUGAGACCCGUGCGUUGCAGCCGCUUGGCUGUCAUGGGGAGAUCAUGGUGGGUGGAAGUAGGCACCAAGCCGCCAGCGCCAUGAUGGGCGCCACUUUUGCUGCAGCCGCCUCGCCGUUGCCAGCCCUGGCAGCGCGCGUGGAAGAGGAGGACGAGGGCUUCGACCUGCGCAUUCUGGCAGUCCUGGCUCUGCCUCUGUUCGCCGUCAGCUGGGCCUUGUUCAACGUGUGGCGUGUGGCCUUCCGCCAGGUCUUCAGCUUCGGUCCUGAUGCCUUUGUGGCAGCACCUCAGGCCGUUGAGACCCGUGCGUUGCAGCCGCUUGGCUGUCAUGGGGAGAUCAUGGUGGGUGCAAUUAGGCACCAAGCCGCCAGCGCCAUGAUGGGCGCCACUUUUGCUGCAGCCGCCUCGCCGUUGCCAGCCCUGGCAGCGCGCGUGGAAGAGGAGGACGAGGGCUUCGACCUGCGCAUUCUGGCAGUCCUGGCUCUGCCUUUGUUCGCCGUCAGCUGGGCCUUGUUCAACGUGUGGCGUGUGGCCUUCCGCCAGGCUGGAUGCCUGAGGAUUCGGACAAAGAAAACAUGA